AUGUCUCUGGGACCAUCGGGUGGAAGGUUCUUAAAGGACAAGAUCGGCCAAGCCAAGACCGACGCCUUUGAAAAACAAUCCAGGAGCGACAUGCCACGGAGAUCGGCCGGUACCCAUACUGGGCUGGAUGGUCAGGAAGAGGUCGAUCUAAGUCGGUACUUCAAUUCAGCCAUGAAGGAGUACGAGGCGGAUCAACGUACAGCUCAGCGAAUGAAUCGACAGCCAAACUGCCACCCAGAUCGCCGCACUUUUCUCCAACCCGCACACGAAAGCCAUGACAUGCCGGCUGCAGAGAUGGAAUCGGUGGAGUCGGACACUUACCAGCAGAUCCAUCAUGGGGCGGAAUACGACCCGGAUGAUUUAUGGAUGCCCGAACCACGGCGACCUCACGUAGCCGCGACCGGUGUGACUACUGGAGGGGGAAACAUCACGCAGAGGAUCAGAAUCUCAGCGAUUUAUAAGCUGAAAGAAUUCUCAGGGAAGGAUCGGGAAGAAGACAAAGCACGAACCUGGAUCGGCAAAGUGAAGUCAGCGUUUAUCCGGGACCAAGCACCGGACGAAGAGAGAUGUCUGGUCUUCGGUGAUCUCAUGGUGGGCCCAGCCCGCUACUAG